AUGUUCACUUUGCUAGCUCUAUCCCUCACUUUGGAAACUAACAUGAAAGGACAGGAUGAGAUGAGCCAGUUGGGGGUUAUUGGAGGAGUAGGAGAUGGAUCUGGAGAUAAAGAUUCCAUGAGCCGAAAUAGAGAAGAUGAGAACACAAACAACUUAGAAACUAAUAGUUUGAAAGAAAUUUCUAUUAAUGAUUUAGAUCAAGAAAAUCCUCGUAAGAAGAAAAGAUAUCAUCGCCACACUGCUCAGCAAAUCCAAGAGCUUGAAACUCUUUUCAAAGAGUAUCCCCAUCCAAAUGAGAAGCAAAGAUUAGAAUUAAGCAAACAGCUUUGCUUGGACACUCGCCAAGUUAAAUUUUGGUUUCAGAAUCGAAGAACCCAGUUGAAGACACAAAUCGAGCAUCAUGAGAACUCAAUUCUCAGGCAAGAGAAUGAAAAGCUAAAAUCUGAGAAUAUGACAAUUAGGGAUGCAAUGAUAAAUCCAUGUUGCAACAGUUGUGGUGGCCCAACCAUACUUGGAGAGGUCUCUUUGGAGGAGAAGAAUUUGAGAAUAGAGAAUGCCCGUUUGAAGGAUGAGAUUAAUCGUGUUUAUUCCCUUGCCAAAAAGUUCUUGGGAAGGGCUAUGUCUUCAUUGGACAACCCAAUCUCUCCUAUAAUGCCGAACUCUGCAUUAGAGCUUGUGAUCGGUAAUAAUAGCUUUAAUGGGUUUGAUAUGAUCUCUACUUUGCCUACCAUGCUAGAUUUUGUUCCAAGAGCCUCCAAUCCAAUGGUCUCAAUUACAACUUCUUCAACUAGGAACUAUGGUAUAUUAGGUGGUGCAGACAAGUCAAAUAAGAGAUCUAUACUUUUGGAGCUUGCAUUAGCUGCAAUGGAGGAGCUAGUAAAGAUGGCUCAAUUGGAGGAUCCCCUUUGGAUUCCAAACUUGGAAGGUGGUAAGGAGAUGCUCAACUACAAUGAAUAUUACCAAGUGUUUCCUCGCAUCAUUGGGGUGAAGCCUAUUGGAUAUGUGUCUGAGGCUACAAGAGAGAGUGAAGUGGUGAUCAUAAAUAGCCAAGUUCUUGUGGAGACCCUAAUGGAUGCGACUCGUUGGGCGGAUAUGUUCCCUACUUUAAUUGCGAGAAGUGCAACUAUUGAUACAAUAUGCAGUGGAAUGGAUGGAAGCAAAAAUGGUGCACUUCAGCUUAUGCAUGCAGAACUUCAAGUUCUUUCCCCUCUAGUCCCAAUCCAUAGUAUAGACUUUCUUAGAUAUUGUAAGCAACAAGCUGAAAAUGUAUGGGCAGUGGUGGAUGUCUCCAUAGAUUGUGGCAACAAUUAUCCUCCAAGUGCUGGCACAUAUAUGAGCUGUAGAAGAUUACCUUCUGGUUGUAUAGUGCAAAACAUGUCUAAUGGUUACUCAAAGAUCACAUGGGUGGAGCACACAGAGUAUGAUGAGUCCGGGGUGCAUCCACUGUACCGGCCGUUGCUCCGCUCCGGGCUGGCCCUCGGAGCCCGCUCCUGGGUUUCCUCCCUUCGUCGCCGUUGCGAGUGCAUCGCCAAUCUAAUAUCCUCCUUCACCACAGACGAACACUCCGCAGCGUUAUCAGGGGGCGGAAAGAGGAGCAUGCUGAGGCUGGCGAGGCGGAUGACGGAUAGCUUCUGUGCGGGGGUGUGCGCUUGGGCAACGCAUGGUUGGAGGGAGCUGACGGCGGGGAGCUUCGGCGAGGACGUGCGCGUGAUGACGCGGAAGAGCGUGAACAACCCAGGGGAGCCGCAGGGGGUGGUCCUGAGCGCGGCCACCUCCGUGCUGGUCCCCGUGCCACCGCAGCGGCUCUUUGAUUUCCUCCGCGACGAGCGGCGCCGGGGCGAGUGGGAUAUCCUCUCCAAUGGUGGGCCCAUGCAGGAGGUCCUCCGCGUCGCCAAGGGACACCACGCUGCGAUUGCCGUUUCUCUUCUUCGUCCCAGCGUGGUGGGUGCGAGCGAGACCAGCAUGCUAAUUCUCCAAGAUACAUGCACGGAUGCAUCAGUGUCACUUGUGGUCUAUGCUCCAGUGGACGUGUCGGCCAUGCAUGUUGUGAUGAACGGCGGCGACCCGGCCUACGUCGCCUUCCUUCCUUCUGGGUUUGCCAUCCUCCCCGAUGGGUCUGGUGGCCGGGCGACCACCGUCAAAAGUCGUGCAGGGGAAUUGGCCGAGUCACCGGCCGGCGGGUCCUUGCUGACUGUGGCAUUCCAGAUCCUGGUGAGCAGCAAUCUGAAUGACAAUCCAAAAGACGAGUCCGUGAAGACCGUCAGCAAUCUUAUGUCUUGCACUAUCCAAAACAUCAAAACUGCAGUCCAAUGUGAAAAUUGA